CUCAGCGUGGUUAAACACACGAAAAAGAGUGCAUUUUCUUUGUUGUUUGUUGUUAUCAAAACACUGUCUCAUUGUUUUACCAGGUUCACCUCUGUAUGACAUGAACUGUACGCGGGAAUCAGUCUUUUAAAUGUCAACGGUUAUUUUGACGGCUGGUCUUUAUGAAGACGGUGCUUUUUGGAGCUCUUUCCAAGUACCCUGCUCGCUCUGCGAAGUUUCUUUCCUCAACCCCCUUCUGCAUCACCACCCUCCUCUUGGUGCAGUACAUCUCCAGUGAGGAUACACACGGUACAGAGGUCCCUGAGUGGUCGAGCCAGAGAUCAUGAAGUGGAACCUCUUCAAAAAGAAGCCAGAAGCCAUGGUGGGCCCGGAGCCCACGGGACCUGGCGGCACCCACCCGUCACACACCAUGACGAUGGCCCCCGCUGUCUCCACACCUGCGGACAACUCCACCGAGUCUGAGGGGCCCGUCAACAAGAAUGAUGUCUUUGAGGAAAUCAAAAGCAAGUUCCUCAAUGAGAUCGAUAAAAUCCCAUUGCCUCCAUGGGCGCUCAUCGCCAUCGCUGUAGUGGCCUCCCUCCUCAUCCUCACCUGCUGCUUCUGUAUCAUUAAGAAAUGCUACUGUAAGAAGAACAAGAACAAGAAAGUCAAAAAGGGAAAGGACGGCUUCAACAUGAAGGACAUGCAGGGUGGAGAUAAACACCAGGAUGAUGAUGAUGAAGAAGGAGAAACUGGUUUGACGGAGGAGGAGAAAGAGGAAGAGGAAAAAGAAGUGGAGAAACUUGGAAAGCUUCAGUAUUCGUUGGAUUACGACUUCCAGGAUAACAAGCUGACCGUGGGAAUCAUGCAGUGUGCCGAUCUGAUUUCCAUGGACUCUGGCGGAACGUCCGACCCUUACGUUAAAGUGUUCAUCCUACCAGACAAGAAGAAGAAGUUUGACACCAAGGUGCACAAAAAGACCCUCAACCCAGUGUUCAACGAAUCCUUUGUCUUCAAGAUCGCAUACGAGGAGCUGGGUGGCAAGACGCUGGUCAUGUCUGUGUAUGACUAUGACCGCUUCUCCAAGCACGACAUCAUCGGUGAGGUCAAGCUACCCAUGAACACUCUGGAUCUGGGAAAGCCGAUCGAGGAGUGGAGAGACCUGGAUAGUGUUGAGAAAGAGGAGCCGGAGAAGCUUGGUGACAUCUGCAUCUCUCUGCGUUACGUUCCCACUGCGGGCAAACUGACCGUUUGCAUCCUUGAAGCCAAGAACCUGAAGAAGAUGGACGUGGGCGGCCUGUCUGACCCGUAUGUGAAGAUCCAGCUAUUGCAGAACGGCAAGCGUCUAAAGAAGAAGAAGACUACGGUGAAGAAGAACACACUGAACCCUUACUACAAUGAGUCCUUCAGCUUUGAGAUCCCUCUGGAGCAGAUGCAGAAAAUCCUUGUGGCGGUGACGGUCUUCGACUACGAUAAGAUCGGCAAAAACGAUGCCAUCGGGAAGAUCUUCAUUGGCAGCAAAGCCACAGGCACAGCGCUUAAGCACUGGUCUGACAUGUUGGCCAACCCGCGCCGCCCCAUCGCCCAGUGGCAUCCCCUCCAACCGGAGGAAGACAUCGACGGUGCUCUGGCUGCCCUUAAUGCCAAGAAGUAACUUCUCACAUCUCAGCCUGACUAACCAACUAACUAACCAACCCGCCACUGCAUGACACCCCACACUCAUCCGUACGCGCUCUGCCAGUUUGUUUCGCAUAAUCACCAACAAAAAUAUUCAGGAUGUUGUUUGUCGGAUAAACUGGUGAGCUGGAAUUUUGUGCAAUAAUAGUGAGUUUAUGUCGCAAAUAUCUACACAUUUGCACAAUUACAAAGCAAUUAUCACGUUCACUUAAACGUCCCAGGAGAAGCAACCGGUGUAGGGCAGAUUUGUUUACAUUGUCGAUAGGUAAAUUAGACACAUAAAAACAUGUCACAUUUGCAUUUGUGCCCAAAAGAACGAGGAUUCAGGUCUAUGGUUUUGUAAUAGUGCAGUUAGAUAGGACUAUAUUGAUAAAUGGGCUAAUAAUUCAUGAAAUGUUGCAAUAAACAUUCAACACGAGUCAAGCAUGGUUUACACAGUCAGUGUAAAGGUAUAACAGUAUGGUAUGACACAUCUCUUUUACUGUAAUGCUGCGGUUACAGUGCCAAAUCCAGACGUUCGUGUAUCUCACAUAUAGAAGAUCCCAUCUGGCCAAACCUGACAGGCACUAAAGCUGGCUGUGAAUGUAUCGUGGGAUCAUACAAAUGAAAUUUGCACUCAGUCGUUGUGUCCUCGAGAGCUCGCUGUCGUGUUUUCAUGAUCUCGGCCUGUUUGACAUACAUUUGAAUACCUGGUUGACGUCACUGCCGCCUUUGUUCGGAGCUCAAACUCAUUCAGUAAACUCCACUCUCCGAGAUGCCAGAGUAUUAACUGGAAUGGAAUAGUAAGUGUGCGUGUGGUAAACGAUACUAAUAAAGCAAUCCGAAGCGUUCAGCUCCACUCUUCAUCCCCAACGAUGCUUGUGUAUAUAUGCAUUGAUCAUGGUUUCUACAGCAUGUACCUAUAAAUUGAUGUACAUAGAAGCAUGUUUUAAAGAUAGAGCAUAAUUAUAUUGUGUACGUGUGGCAUUUGUCAUUUUGAUAAUAAAAUGUAGAGGAAAGAAAAUGCACUGAAUGCACAUUUUAUGAAAUUUCCCUGAAAGGGCAUAAGACAUUUAAGAAUAUAUUAAUAUAGGGUUUUUCAAAAUACUUUUCAAUUUGCAACAGAGAAAUAAGAGCUGUGUGUAACGUGAGUGUUAGACUCAUGCUUGUGGUGUCAGUUUGAUUUUAUUUGCAUUUGUUUAACUUUCUUGUCCAUGUAUUUGUCACGUUUCUGUGUUUGAAUGUCUUGUUAGGGUGAAUCUCUCAAAAACACAUCCGGAUUACAUUUCACCACAAAAUCAGAAGACUCAAAGUGUAUUUUGCAUUAAGAAAUGUUUUGGACCAUUUUAUUUUAUUGCAUUGUGUUUUAUCACAUUGCAUUGCAUUAGGUUAAUGAGAAGUCAGUGUAAAAAAUGUGCUUAAUUUUUAUAAUAAUGCAAAAAGUAGUAAUGGUCCUAAAAUAGGCUUCAUUUGAUCCUAUUCGAAAUUUUGAUUGAUAUGACCUGAAUGUUGUCUCGUGAGAUUCACCUUUUAAUGUACAGUGUGUAAAACCACUUGCUGAAACUAUAGAAGCCAUAUGCAUGGGCCCUCGCAAGAGCUCAUCGUUUUCAGACAAAACAAACACCUCAACAGAUAUCAGUAAUAUUAACCUUCACGCAUUGGAGCCAAAACGAUGGGAGAGCACCUGUCUGUUCAAAGACGGUUUUGGUUUUGAAGUUCCUCACAAUAACUGAAAGAAUAUGAAAGUGAUGCCCUCGUGUUUAUAGUACGACAACUGAAGUCAUUUGAGAUUACAUAAUAAACAGCAUAUUCACAUAAUUGCUUGCAAAUAAAUUAUUAAGAGAUGUAUUAUCAUAAUUAUGGUGAUCCAAGUGUACAAUGGCAUGACUUUAUUAUGCAAUAUGUGUGCAAUUGACAACCAGCCCAAUAGAUCAGUUGUUUAUUUGUAAAUGUAAUUUUCUGUAUGAUUUUCUGAAUAACUACGUUGUAUAUUUUCACAUAAUGAUCUAUCAUUUUCCUAUUUUUGGAAAAUUACUGAUCAGAUGGCACUGCUGAAGUAUUUUAUUUCCAUGUUUUAGACGGGGCAGCUGAAUGUUUGUCUAAAUCAAAAUACAUAGAGGCCAGGAUGGGUAAUUAAUUCCUUCAUUGAAUGUUCGGUCAGUUGUAUGUAAUCAUUUCUUUUACUAUGACUUUAUGCUCGGUUGAACAGCCUUGGACUGUCUACAGCUGCUUAGGAAUAUUUGUCUGCUUCUGUGCGUUGUACUUUGCAGUAGGACCAAUGUAGAAUAAUGUCUUAAUGUUUCUUCUGUGGACGUGAAUCAAACUGCAGGGCUCUGGUGUUCCUCUGCAGAGCAAGCAACAAAAUCCCAGUCUUCCCUGGGACACUGUGGAUGCCAGUCGACUGGCCCCCUUCCCUCUCUGUGUUAAGACAGUUUUCCAUUCAUUGCAUUCGGACCAUAUAGUCACAAAGACCUUCCCGAUGCAAUACUGCCAACAUCUCCGCUUUCUAACAUCUCCUAACACUCCCCGUCCAUCCCAUCUAAAGACUCUCCCAAAGAACUGAUGCCUUCCUUUUGCGUUCGUCCAGUGUGGAGGUUCCAGUGUUGUCGAUUCCUUUCGUGGAUGCUUUGGCAUGCUUUGAAAUCCCCUUCUACAAUCUAACACGUCAGCCAAUGAAGAAAAACGAAAGCCUUUCCUCUGGCCGCUCUUGUAGCUUCUUGUCAUCCUGUACCGAUGUGAAAACCUCGAUGAAAACCAAUGCCAAUUUAUCCAUGCAGAUUUAUCCAUGAGUUGUCGAUCAGUUAAUCAUAGGAAAUAAAGUUCUU